CCCAAACAAAGUUUUCAAAACAACAGCUGAGGACAGCUGAACGUGUAUCUGUAUACCUUAUCUUCGUUUCAAUGUUUUAACAGAACCACUUCUUAGAAUUCAUUUGUGAACUCAGUUGAAAACUUACUUUGCUCAUUGUACCGUUUAUUUUGACGUUGUCGCACGUCAUUAGCUCUAUAGUGACUGAAUUCCCAAACAUAAAAAAACAUCCCAAAGUAAACAGCGUCCACGAUCCAAAUUUAUUUCGAUGACCAAAGAUGCAUAGUUUAUCGUAUUGCUUGCUCGCUGCCUUUCUUAUUACUGUAUACAUCCGAACUGGAAGCUCUACAGAUGAAUUUAAGCAUGAAACUGCAGCCAAAAGAAGUCCAUAUGAAACUACCAAGGUUCCUAGCAUGAGUCAAAAGAAGAAACCACAUGUCCCAAUUCAAGAUCAAUCAUACCGUUACACACCAGACUGGGAAAGUCUUGAUUCGCGGCCACUUCCAUCGUGGUAUGAUGAAGCAAAGUUUGGCAUUUUCAUUCAUUGGGGUGUUUUUUCAGUGCCCAGUUUUGGUAGUGAAUGGUUCUGGAUCAACUGGCAAGGCUCGAAAAACCCAAAGUAUGUUGAGUUCAUGAAAAAGAACUAUCCACCAGGCUUUACUUACCCAGAGUUUGGCCCAAUGUUUACUGCUGAGUUCUUUGACCCAGAACAAUGGGCUGAGAUUCUCAAGAGUUCUGGUGCCAAGUACAUAGUUCUAACCAGCAAGCACCAUGAAGGAUUCACUCUUUGGCCUUCAAAGUAUUCAUGGAACUGGAAUGCAGUGGAUGUGGGACCGAAAAGAGAUUUAGUCGGUGAUUUGGCAAAUGCAAUUCGAAACAAUACCGACCUCAAAUUUGGACUGUAUCACAGUCUUUACGAAUGGUUCCAUCCGCUAUACAUAAAAGACAAAGAUAAUAAAUGGAAUACGCAAGAUUUUGUCAAAUCGAAAACAAUGCCAGAACUCUACGAAAUAGUUAAUAAAUACCAACCAAGUGUUAUUUGGUCGGAUGGAGACUGGGAACCAAACGAUAAAUACUGGAACUCAACAGAUUUCAUUGCUUGGCUAUAUAACGACAGUCCGGUGAAAAAGGAAGUAGUGGUAAAUGAUCGCUGGGGCUCGGGUACAACGUGCAAGCACGGAGAUAUCUAUACGUGUACCGAUCGGUUUAAUCCAGGCACUCUUCAACCGCACAAAUGGGAAAACUGCUUCACCAUCGAUCGGAAAUCGUGGGGCUUUCGACGUAAUGCAAUGUUAUCAGACUACUUUUUGACACCCGACUUAAUUAAAGAAAUGGUAACAACAAUUAGUUGUGGUGGCAAUAUGCUCCUCAAUGUAGGCCCCACGCAUUAUGGACAAAUACCUCCCAUUUAUGAGGAAAGGCUUCGUCAGAUAGGCGGGUGGCUUCGCAUCAAUGGCGAAGCAAUAUACGGCUCUCGGCCCUGGAUAUUUCAGAACGACACCCGUACUCCAGAAAUUUGGUAUACAAAAGGAAAAGGAUCCAAGGAGCUAUUCAUUUCAGACCCUGUGUACGCAAUAAUUCUUGAAUGGCCGAAAUCCGGCGUGAUCGAAUUGACUGCCCCAACGACCACUGGGUCAACCAGAGUCACGUUUCUUGGCUAUGCCGGCGCCGUCAAAUGGACGCUUUCUGCUCCUGGAAUUCGAGUAAGCUUUCCUUCGAAAUCUAAAGUAUCCAACGAUUGGGCAUGGGUUCUACGGCUGGAUAAUUUGCGUUACUAAAUCAGUUACGCGAUUAAUUCUGUAUCUGGUGGUCUUGUAACAGGAUAGCACAAAGAGAUGAUAUAAUAUUUUGCCAGUCUAUCGCUUAAAUUGCCCUAAGUAAUAAGUGAAAAUAUUAAUAGUGUAUAAAAUACUGGAAUGAAAACCGUUAUUUCUGUUUUCUUCGUAACUGCAUGAUCUAGGAUUUUGAACAGAUAAAUCCUCGUCUGAUUCGUAGUUGUUCAAGCACGGGGUGCUGAAUAAUGGUCACGUGGUGUUUCAAAUAGUUGGAUUUUUGCCUUUCCGAGGAUCGCUUCCUUGAGCGCUUUCCUUUUUUAACAAGUACUAAAUUCCUCUGGGUUUUUCAGGGGUUCUUGAAAGAUAUGAUUCGUCUGAUGGGAUUCAGAAGCUAUGUUUUAGUUAAUUGACGAAUACACAAAUGUCAGAGUGGUGAUUGGGGAUGUCCAACAGUUACCACUGGGAAGAAAUGAAUUAGCUCAAGUUUCGGUCACGUUAAUUGAAGGUCAUUGAUUGCUUUCAAUUAGUAUCGGAAACGUGAUUUUACUAACAUGUGUUCCGGCUCCAGCUGACCUGCUCUGAGGUCUGAGCCCUUUUAAUGUUCUCAAGUCUGAUGUCUGAACUUCUUUUCUGAUUCUUCUGAAUUUGAUUGUAGAUUAUUAGAUUUAUAGUUUUUUUCGCUUUUGGUUUUGUUUAGAUAUUAUAUGAAACCUGGGGCCGUAUUCUAGCCUUGACUUAAGCACGGAAUUUUUUCUUAACUUACUGUUUUUUGCUUAAAAAUCCAAUUUAUGCUUGGAUUUACCUAAAACCGUAUUCUAGCUUUUCUCAACUCACCUUUUUUUCUUAAGAAAUAUUUUGAACUUGUCUUUUUAAACUUAAGAAAGCAAAUUUUUGUAAGCCAACUAUUAGUUGGCUUACAGCGGUUAUUUUCUUAAAAUUCCGUGCUAAGGCUAAUGCUUACAGCUAUUGUUGUCCUAGUUUUUAGUAUUUUCACGUGUCAUUGUUUUGAUUUUCAAGUAACAACAUCUAGUGGUCUUGUUGAUUGUUGAUGAAUAAUUGAAGAUGAAUAACAUCGACAAGUUCGAACGUCACCUUGAUGUUUUGAACGAAGUUUUAAAUAGUGACAAUGACAGUGAUGCGAAUGAGGAUGAAUUGUAUGAAAAACGAAUAGAAGUGAGAAGGAGAAUGGUUCCGUUUUAUCGUCAACGUGCUGAUAUUUUUGAUAUAUUUGACGAUAAUAAAAUUUACAAAGUAUUUAGAUUCGAUAAAGCUUCUAUUUGGUAUAUCGAAGGUAUUCUCUAUUUCAUAUUAUUAGUAGUCUUAAGCUACUACAACAUUUCCAUGUGUAUUAACUGUUGCAUUGGCUGAUUAACCAUAGGACUCAUUUCCAACAAAUUGGGCCGCAAGUUGUUUGUAGACUAAUUACAAUCAACAAUCAAGUUUACAUUAAACUAAUAAGCCACACAAUUAUAGCUAAGUUAACUUUCUUGCGAUGUACUCAUCAACUAAAAUUUCUAUUUGGAAUGACGACCACGCUUUUUAUUUUAUUGCUGGGGCCAUUUCAAUCUCGUAAGUCUUUCACUAGCACAAUAAACACAGUUCAAGAUACCAAAACUGUCAAUCAAAGAAUCUUAUAACUUUAAAAAUACUAACUAGAUUCUAGCUCUAGCAGACGCCUUGUAAUAAUAAUAAAGUAAACAGCAUCUAUUACUGUACGCAAUGUCAUGAAACGAAUAUUCUUAUUGGUCGCUAUAAGGUCCGCCCUCUAAGAAAAAAAAAAUUCUAUGCUUGAAAAAUCUGAUCUUGGAAUUUGAACUUAUACUAAGUUCAGAAAUAAAAGUAAGAAAAUUUAAGCUAGAAUACGUGUUUAUUGAAAUAACGAACUUACAUUUUUUCCUAACUUACGUGAGGAAAUUUUAUAAGAAAUUUUAGUAAGUUUAAGACCAGAAUUUAAGCCAAGGCUAGAAUACGGCCCCUGAUGAAACGAAAGAAAGAAUCAGAUUUCAGAAACAAACAUGGAAGAUUAGAGGAAUAUCGCUUCAUCAUGCAACAGUGUUAAACAAAAGUAGACCGCCCCCUUUCGACAGCCGAAAGCAAAUCUUGACAACGUACACAAAAAAGUCGAAUAAUGGUCAGUUGGAUCAAGAGACUUCUCCUUUUCUCGUAUUGAAAGGAGAAUCUCAUUUCCUUCGUCCGCCGAUCCGUGGGAUAUCUUUUUCAUCCACGCUUUAAUUAAACUGACAGCCUCUAGGGCGGUGUGAUACGAGGG